CUUUUGUUACCAAAACCCGAACUCCACUCUUCUCCCGAAUUACAUCCAUGGACCAUGUGCAAUCCUUUGUGCAAUAAUGGUGGACGCGUAUUAAUUGAGUAUCAAGCCCGCAUAUGGAUUAUGUUAACAGGAGGCGAUGUUGUUGGGAGUGGGUGGGGGUUCAUCGACUCGGAGUCUCGUGUUUGCAGAUGCCAGACAUUGGGGUCAUGGAUGAACACUGGGAGCUUGCUUCUGUUUUCAGACCACAGCACUAUAAUAGUUCAAAGGGUCAAGUGUGAAAAUUUCCCCCGCCAAUUCAAAUUGUUGUUCUUUGUACUUCAUACAUAUUACACGGUAUGCUUGAAGUCCAUUAUCCAUUGUAUGGAACCAUCUCUCACUCCUACUUCGAAUCCAAAAUACGCUGCAAUCUGUCCAUCUCCAGUUUAAUCUGUAUCAUCUCCGCCUCAUCCCCAAUCCUAUAUGUACUAUCCCUAUCACUCUCCAGGGACUCCGAGUCAAGCUGCUUCAACAACAAUUUCAUCCUACCUCGCAGCUGUGCAAGUGAUUGUUCAAUGCUAUAGCCCUGAUCUGACUGAGGCAAAAAUAAA